AUGAAGACUUUGAAAGAAAAUAAAACCAAUAGAAAGGCUUGGACAGAUCAAGAAGAUGACCAAUUACGACAUUUAUUUUCUAUAUAUAAGCGACAAUGGCGUAUCAUCGCUCGUGAAAUGAAAAACAAUCGAACUGGUAAACAAAUCCGGGAUAGAUGGGUCCAUCAUCUUGACAAGAAUAUUAAUCAGUCUCCUUUAAGCUCGAUGGAGAAAAAAAUAAUUGCCGAAAAAUGUCGUACAAUUGGCCAUAGAUGGGUAGAAAUUGUUAAAUGUUUGCCGGUGAAUGGACGAACACCACUGAUGAUCCGCAAUUAUUGGCAUAGUCAGCAACGUCAAGCCUUCCAUCGUAUUCGAGAACGUAUGUCUGUGGAUACUCUGUUAAAUUAG